AAGAAGCAUUUUAUUUUAUUCGAUAUUAAAACACGUAUUGUAGACUUUUUUAGAAAAUUUACAAUAUUUUCUUAUAUAUUAAACUUAUUUAACUUUACAAUAAUAGAAAUAUAACAAAUAUUAAAUAAUAUAUAUCAGAAAGUGUCAAUUAACUGGUAAAAUAUUAUUAAAUACGAUGAUGGCAUCAGAGUCCUCUUCUACGGGAACAGAAAGAGGCCAGCGCGGUGUAAGUCGUGUAUUGGCCAAACUAGAUAGUUCCAUUGAGGCGGGCAACUAUUAUGAAGCCCACCAAAUGUAUCGUACAUUAUAUUUUCGUUAUACAGCCCAGCAAAAAUACGAUGAAUGCUUGGAGUUACUCUAUAAAGGCUCAAUGAAAUUGAUUGCUAAGCAACAAGAAACAAGUGCUGCGGAUUUGGGUCUCUUGAUAUUAGAUACCUUGGAAAAACGAGGUAAUUGCAAGGAUGGCGAUUUAUGGAUAGAGCGUAUUGGUAGCUUGAUUACAAGGUUAAGCCCUACAACAGUUGAACGAGAAACUAUAAUCAAUCGUUCCAUUAAAUGGAGUUCGGAAAUUUCAGGUAAUUAUCCUGGUGAUCCAGCCCUGUAUAAAAUACUAGCUCAAGUAUAUUGGGGUGAAGGCAAUACAGAAUUAGCUAGACGCUAUUAUAUGUUAUGUCGCGAUGGUAAUCUUUGCGGACGCAUUUUAAUAAAAAUUAAUGAAAUGAAAGGCUUUAACAGUGAAGUGGAUCUUUUCAUAGUGCAGGCGGUUUUACAGCAGAUCAGUGUGAAUGAUCGCAAAACCGCUGAAGACACUUUCGCCACAUACACCCGGUAUCAUCCAAAAAUAAAUCGUAAAGAGGCUCCCUUUAAGCAGCCACUUCUAAAUUUUAUUCAUUUUCUGUUCCGUCUAAUGGAUACAAAACAUCUAGAAGCUUUUCGAGCCUUAUGUUUACUUUAUAAAAAGGAGCUGGACCGUGAUGCAGCAUUCGAAAAAUACUUGGCCAAGAUUGGUGUGCAACAUUUUGGUGCUAAUCCUCCUGCGUCACCGUCAGAUAGCCGUUUUGGUGGUAUGUUUGGUGAUGUAAUAUCUCGCCUACUUCAGGGUAUCGAUGAUGAUGAUGACGAUGAGGAGCAGGGUGAACGUGGGCAUGGUGAUGGAGCUCAUGCCUUGGACUGACAAGCAAGCCCAGUUUGGUGGGAGUAGAAAAUAUUAAAUGUUGCAAAUAUAAAAAGUUUUUAUUUUAAUUGUUUUGCCACA